UCUAUGUUGUUUGAAGAUUGUAAACAAGCAUGGCGGACGAUAAAAGUGAACAGAACAAUGAAAUUCUUCUUGGGAUUCUGUCUGUCAGUGAUACGUAUUACAACGACAGUAUCGGAGGCAAUCAGGGGAAGGGGGAUAAUUUGCGCCGAUUGAUUGAAGAAGACAAGUUAUUCACUGGCCGAGUUGUAUUAGAAGAUAUUCUCCCCGACGACCGAGAGAAAAUAGCGGAUCGGUUGAAGGAAUGGAGUGAUGUCAGAAAACUUGAACUUGUUCUGACAACAGGCGGUACGGGCUUCUCUCCUCGUGAUGUCACACCUGAAGCAACAAAAUCCGUCAUUGAUAAGGAGGCCCCUGGUAUGGCUAUAGCGAUGAUUAAAGGUUCUCUGGAUAUUACGCCUUUAGCGAUGUUAACCAGACUGACGUGUGGUAUAAGAGGUUCAACUCUAAUUAUCAAUUUACCAGGCAGUCCUAAAGGGUCUGAAGAAUGUUUACGCAUUGUCUCUCCAAGCAUUCCACACGCUGUCGAUUUACUCAGAGACUCAAGGGUCGAAGUGGCACAGGUUCAUAAAGAUCUGUUGGCUGAGGGAGUUAAGUUUCCUCCUCAAGGCUCUAAUUUUCCACCUGGCCACAGAGAUACCCAUGAAUACCAGCAUCAUAAACACCAACUUGAACACACUCACCACCAUCACCAUCAUCAUAAUAACCAUGGCGACCAAAAUGAUGGCCAUUCCCAUCAUCACCAUGGCGACAAGAGUCCUGGAGAACAUGAUCACCGUGGUCGUGGACAUCACAGUCCUGGUCACCACAGUCCUGGUGAUCAUAGUUCUGGUCACAAGAGUCCUGGUCAUCAUAGUUCUGGUCACCAUAGCCCUAGUCAUCAUGACCAUCACCAUGGCAAUCACCAUAGUAAUCAUCACCGCAAACAUGCACACCAUAGCAACAGUAAAGUUGACCCAUCUCUAGUCGCUUUCAGAGCCAGGGAAUCACCAUAUCCUAUCAUUACCGUGGACGAAGCAUUAAAAAUUGUUCUAGAGCACGCUGAAACCCAGAAAGUUGAAGAAGUAGAUUUUAGGAAAGCUUUGGGAAGAUAUUUAGCCGAGGAUAUAUUUGCCAAAGAUGCAUUGCCCCCUUUUCCUGCCUCUAUUAAAGAUGGCUAUGCUGUUAUUGCUGCUGACGGAAGUGGUUUAAGGCACGUCAUGGGUGAAUCUACAGCUGGAGAUAUGCCAGUUAGGAAAGUUACUCCAGGAAAUUGCAUGAGAAUUAACACUGGAGCACCAUUACCCCAGGGAGCUGAUGCAGUUAUUCAAGUAGAAGAUACGACACUGGAAAAAUGGACGGACGACGGCAAAAGAGAAGUUGAAAUUAAACUUCUGACAGAACCUAAGAUUGGUCAAGAUAUUCGUAAAGUUGGGUCAGAUAUCACCGAGGGCUCACAAGUCUUGUGUAAAGGUCAGAGGUUAGGUCCUGCAGAACUUGGUCUCCUAGCAACCGUUGGUGUAACAACAAUAAAAUGCUACCAUGUUCCUGUUGUUGGCGUCAUGUCGACGGGUGAUGAAUUGGUGGAACCUGACGUACCUUUGACGAAAGGAAAAAUUCGAGAUAGUAACAGGACAACGCUUAUUUCCCAGUUGACAGAUUAUGGAGUUACCGUAAAAGAUCUUGGUAUUGCUCCUGAUACACCCGAUGGCUUAUUAAAACUUCUCAAAGCUGCCCUGAAGAGCGCUGAAAUCAUCGUUACCUCUGGGGGAGUAUCAAUGGGAGAGAAGGACUUUGUAAAACAAGUCUUGCAGACAGAUUUUAAAGCUGAUAUCCAUUUUGGUCGUGUUUUUAUGAAGCCUGGUAAACCUACAACUUUUGCUUCUCUGGAUUUCAACGGGGUGAAAAAGCUGUUCUUUAGUCUUCCCGGCAACCCCGUAUCUGCUUUGGUUACCUGUAAUUUGUACGUCAUUCCGGCUUAUCACAAAAUGAUCGGCUCGCCAAAUCCAAGACGAACCAUUGUCAAAGCUCGAAUUGACCGGGAUGCCAGGCUAGAUCCCAGACCGGAGUAUCACCGGGUUGAGCUGUCAUGGAAACCAGAUGACCCUACCCCCAUAGCAACCAGCACUGGUAAUCAAAUAAGUAGUCGAUUAUUGAGUAUGAGAUGUGCCAAUGCCCUGAUGAUAUUACCACCAAAAACAGAUAAUUUGACGGAGCUCAAUGCAGGAGAUAUUGUGGAUGCCAUGAUCAUUGGUCGAAUAUGAAAGCGCAGAGCAGAUUUCUAAAUCCUCAGAGAUUUAAUAUUCCAAAAGCUAAUAUUCCAAGAGCUAAAAUUCCAAGUGCUAGAUUUUAAUUCAAAACCCAAUAUUCCAAAAGAUACAAUUCCAUGUGCUAAACUUUGUUAUGUCUGUAAAUAACUAAGGCAUUACAGUCUUACUGAUCUCAAUAGUUAAUUCCCUUUAAAGUAUGUGAGGUGUUAACCAUUUUUAUGCAAAUGAUUUUCCCAGGGAUUGAAUUCAACAAUUAGCUUUAAUAGUAUGGCAGCAAAACAUUUAGAACAUUCUUCAUAUUGUCAAUAUUGUUAUAUAUGUUGAUGUCAUUUUUGUUUGAAAUAGCAGCAAUUGUUUGUAUUUAGAUGUUUUAAUGUACCAAAAAAUAUAAAAUUUUAUGAAAUAUAAUAAUUAUUGGAUUUAAUGGGGGCAAUGUUGUAACACUUAUUCUCUCGUCAACUUCGUUAGUAUUAAAUGCAAUAUUUUAUUUCAUAAAGUUUUGAGUUUAAUGAAUGUUCCCAUUUACUAAAAUGCCAUAUGAACAUUGUUUUGGGGAAAGGGUGUGGGGGGGGGUGGAUGGACAAAUGGUUAGCAAAUGCGUUUGCGUUGUAUCAUAAGGUAUAUCAUUGAGUCAACUGGCGAGGUUGUGAUUCCCUGGUUGUACGUGACAAGGAGUAGGGUCGCCUGUCCAACCUCAAGGGAUUUUUCACCUGGUCCUCUGGUUUCCUCCCACAGUUAAAGACCCCUAUGCGCAAGUGAAUCAUUGAAAUAAAAUUGAACCAUAUUUUACUCAAGAAAUGACAUGGUUUGUGUCGAGUGGACGUUAAACCCCAUUUCUCAUUUGCUCUGGUUUCUAAAGUGUUAAUUAUAUAAUAAUCUCCGAAUAUGAACAAUUUAUUAAUAUUUUUUAAAAUAUAUGAUAUAUUGUAAAUUAUAAAUGGUUGGAACAUUAAUAAGUAUCUCUGCCAGUAUGCUUUUGUUGUUAAAGCUAUUUGAUAUUACAAGUCUAUAUUAUGGGUAUAUUUUGACCCAAUUGUUCAAGUCUAUAUUAUGGGUAUAUUUUGACCCCAUUGUACAAGUCUUAGUCUGCUUUUUGGUAUAUUUUGACCCCUUAGUACAAUUCUAUAUUAAUAGGAACAUUUGGACCCAACGAACACGUUUAUAUUUUGUCAACAUUUUGACCCCAUGAACAAGUCUGUAUUAUGGGGACAUUUGGAACCCACGAACACCUCUGUAUUAUGGAGACAUUGGAAUGCACCAACAUUUCAAUAUACACGCCUUAAUUUCAUGCUUCAUUGAUCUGUGGUUUUACUUAACAAGGAUGUUAUACAGUGAUAUUAUGAAUUAUAUAAUUGGUGUGGUUAAGGGUAGUAUAUAUGUAUACAUAUAUUUAAAUGCAUUUCAUUUUGAAUCUGGGUGUCAAUGCUUUGUAUAUCACAAUAUAUUGGAUGUAUAUCAUAUCAUCAUAUAUAGGAUAUGUAUUAAAUUAUAAAUGAUUAAUCCUGUCUCCUAUAAAAAAUAACAGUAAUGCCAAUAUUUUAAAUAACAACGAAAAUUAUAAUUUUGAUAUGUUUUUUUUAUUUUUUAAUAACCGAAUUCGAAAGCUAGUUAAUCAAGUUAUUUUCGAAAUAUUUACAAAAUUACGAUUUAUUGAUUUUUAUUAGUGGUGUGACGUCUUUAAUUGUAUUAAUAACUAUUGAGUACUGAAUAACGAAAAGGCGUAAUGACUAACACAUUAAUUACACAGGGAAUACUAAUUGACUAAUAAUGAAUGGCGUAGUGAAUAAUUCAUAUAGUGAAUAAUUCAUAUAGUGAAAAAUGAACGAAAUAGUAAAUAAUGACUUACACAAUGAAUAUAGUGAAUUAUAAAUGGCACAAUGAAUAUAGUGAAUAAUGAAUGGCACAAUGAAUAAUGAAUGGCACAAUGAAUAAUGAAUGACACAUUGAAUAAUGAAUGGCACAAUGAAUAAUGAGUGACUUAGUGAAUUAUGAGUGAUACAGUGAUUAAAUCAAUCAUAAUGAUAUAGUGAAUAAUGAUACAGUGAAUGACACAAUCAAUAAUUUAUGAAGUAGCUAAUACUGAAUGUGUGAAAUGUUUUUUGAAAUUGCAUGAUUUCUUUUUGUUUUAUUAAUGAAUGAUUAUUAUGAUGUUGUUAUGACGUAUUAGUGUAAAUAAGGAAUGUUGACAAUGCUAGUUAUAUAUGUUAAAAUGUGAAAUAUGAUAUUAGUCAUGUGUGAAUUAUAUCACGUAUCAGUGAAUUAAUUAAAAUAAACCUCUAGGGACAUUGAUUUAGUAACUCAAUCUGAUUACAAUACAGAUCUAUAUUUCGUUUCGUUUUUUUAUACUUCCGAUGGCCUUUACUAUAUGAAGAUUUGACUGGUUGUUGCGAUAGAUCACGUCAGAGGUCAUACCAGAGGCUUUUGAUCCGGAUGUCUGACAUUUGAUUAACCAAUCAGCAUUGAUGUUACUGGUGGAUUACCCACAGUUCCGUGCAAAACACGCGUAAAGCUCGCCGUAACAGAUCGUUUCAUUGGUUAAUACCUAACACUAUUCAGAACACGUCAAUGAUAACAACGCUUCCAGAUCCUAGUGUAGUAAAGACACGUAAAACGAAAUUUUGAACUAUAAAAACGAAACGAAAUAGGAUCCACGUUUUAAUCAGAUUGUUAGUAACUGGAUGGAGCAAUAAACAAUUGCUAUGGACAAUUGCUUAUUGUCCCCCGCCUUUCGAAGAAAGCAGGGGACUAUUAAAAUGGGUUCGUCCGUCUGUCUGUCUGUCCGUCUGUCUGUCCGUCCGUCUGUCCGUCCGUCCGUCUGUCUGUCUGUCCGUCUGUCUGUCCGUCACACUUUUUGGGACACAAUAACUCUCUUCCUAAUUGAGCUAGAAUGUUCAAACUUGGUGUAUGUGUUUAUUAGGUCAAUGCCUUGAUGGAGUUCGAAGAUGAGCAUUUUCCGCUUAGGGUAAGCAGAGAUAAGCAAUUUGAUUGGUUGAUGCUUUGGGACACGAUAACUCUCUUCCUAAUUGGGCUAGAAUGUUCAAACUUGGUGUAUGUGUUGAUUCGGUCAAUGCCUUGAUGGAGUUCGAAGAUGAGCAUUUUCCGCUUAGGGUAAGCAGAGAUAAGCAAUUUGAUUGGUUGAUGCUUUGGGACACGAUAACUUUUAAUUGAGCUAGAAUGUUCAAACUUGGUGUAUGUGUUUAUUAGGUCAAUGCCUUGAUGGAGUUCGAAGAUGAGCAUUUUCCGCUUAGGGUAAGCAGAGAUAAGCAAUUUGAUUGGUUGAUACUUUGGGGCACGAUAACUCUCUUCCUAAUUGAGCUAGAAUGUUCAAACUUGGUGUAUGUGUUGAUUAGGUCAAUGCCUUGAUGGAGUUCGAAGAUGAGCAUUUUCCGCUUUGGGACACGAUAACUUUUAAUUGAGCUAGAAUGUUCAAACUUGGUGUAUGUGUUUAUUAGGUCAAUGCCUUGAUGGAGUUCGAAGAUGAGCAUUUUCCGCUUAGGGUAAGCAGAGAUAAGCAAUUUGAUUGGUUGAUACUUUGGGGCACGAUAACUCUCUUCCUAAUUGAGCUAGAAUGUUCAAACUUGGUGUAUGUGUUGAUUAGGUCAAUGCCUUGAUGGAGUUCGAAGAUGAGCAUUUUCCGCUUAGGGUAAGCAGAGAUAAGCAAUUUGAUUGGUUGAUGCUUUGGGACACGAUAACUUUAGUUCUAAUUAAGUGAGAUUGAUGAAACUUGGUGUAUAGUUUCAUUACAGUAAUACCUUGACUAAGUUUGAUAAUUGAGCAUUUUCUGCUCAGGGUAAGCAGAGCGAUACGCAAUUUGAUUGGUCGAGACUUUGGAAAACAAUAACUCUCCUACUUUGAUUGUCCCCCGCCUUUCGAAGAAAGCAGGGAACUAUUAAAAUGGGUUCGUCCAUCUGUCUGUUUGUCUGUCUGUCCGUUCCGCUUAUGGUAAGCAGAGAUAAACAAUUUGAUUGGUUGAUCUUCGAAUUGAGUAAAUGUUCAUGCUUAUUGUCCCUCGCCUUUCGAAGAAAGCAGGGAACUAUUAAAAUGGGUUCGUCCGUCUGUCUGUUUGUCUGUCCGUUCCGCUUAGGGUAAGCAGAGAUAAACAAUUUGAUUGGUUGAUGCUUUGGGACACUAUAACUUUAGUUCUAAUUAAGUAGAUAAACAAUUUGAUUGGUUGAUGCUUUGGGACACUAUAACUUUAGUUCUAAUUAAGUGAGAGUGAUGAAACUUGGUGUAUAGUUUCAUUACAGUAAUACCUUGACUAAGAUCGAUAAUGAGCAUUUUCUGCUCAGAUUAAGCAGAGCGAUAAGCAAUUUGAUUUGCUGAGACUUUGGAACACAAUAACUCUCCUUCGAAUUGAGUUAAAAUGAUCAAAAUUGGUGUGUAUGCUUAUUGUCCCCCGCCUUUCGAAGAAAGCAGGGGACUAUUAAAAUGGGUUCGUCCAUCGUCUGUUUGUCUGUCUGUCCGUCACACUCCUUUGAAUUGAGUUAAAAUGUUCAAAAUUGGUGUGUAUGCUUAUUGUCCCCCGCCUUUCGAAGAAAGCAGGGGACUAUUAAAAUGGGUUCGUCCGUCUGUCUGUUUGUCCGUCACACUUUUUGGGACACAAUAACUCUCCUCCCAAUUGAGGUAGAAGGUUCAAACUUGGUGUAGGCCUUUAUUAGGUCAAUGCCUAGAUGGAGUUCGAAGAUGAACCUUUUCUGCGCAGGCUAAGCCGACAUAAGUCAUUUGAUUGGUUGAUGCUUUGGGACACGAUAACUUUAGUUCUAAUUAAGUGAGAGUGAUCAAACUUGGUUUAUAGUUUCAUUACAUGAAUACCUCGAUAAUGAGCAUUUUCUGCAUAGGCCGAGAUAAGCUAUUUGAUUGGUUGAUGCUUUGGGGCACGAUAACUUUAGUUCUAAUUAGAUGAACCUUUUCUGCGCAGGCUAAGCCGACAUAAGUCAUUUGAUUGUCCCCCGCCUUUCGAAGAAAGCAGGGGACUAUUAAAAUGGGUUCGUCCGUCUGUCCGUUUGUCUGUCUGUCUGUCCGUCUGUCCAUUUGUCUGUCUGUCUGUCCGUCUGUCCAUCCGUCUGUCUGUCCGUCACACUUUUUGGGACACAAUAACUCUCCUUCUAAUUGACCUAGAAUGUUCAAACUUGGUGUAGGUGUUUAUUCGGUCAAUGCCUUGACGGAGUUCGAAGAUGAGCAUUUUCGGCUUAGGGUAAGCAUAGAUAAGCAAUUUGAUUGUUUGAUGCUUUGGGACACGAUAACUAUAGUUCUAAUUAAGUGAGAGUGAUGAAACUUGGUGUAUAGUUUCAUUACAUCAAUACUUUGACUAAGUUCGAUAAUGAGCAUUUUCUGCUCAGGGUAAGCAGAGCGAUAAGCAAUUUGAUUGGCCGAGACUAUGGAACACAAUAACUCUCCUUCUAAUUGAGCUAAAAUGUUCAAACUUGGUGUAGGUGUUUAUUAGGUCAAUGCCUUGAUUAAGUGUGAAGAUGAGCAUUUUCUGCUUAGUAUAAGUAGAGAUAAGCAAUUUGAUUGGUUGGUGCUUUGGGACGCGAUAACUUUAGUUCCAAUUAAGUGAGAGUGAUGAAACUCGGUGUAUAGUUUCAUUACAUCAAUACCUUGACUAAGUUCGAUAUUGAGCAUUAUCUGCAGAGGGUAAGCAGAGCGAUAAGCAAUUUGAUUGGCCAAGACUUUGGAACACAAUAGCUCUCCUUCUAAUUGAGCUAGAAUGUUCAAACUUGGUGUAGGUGUUUAUGAGGUCAAUGCCUUGAUCGAGUGUGAAGAUGAGCAUUUUCUGCUUAUGGUAAGUAGAGAUAAGCAAUUUGAUUGGUUGAUGCUUUGGGACACGAUAACUGUAGUUCUAAUUAAGUGAGAGUGAUGAAAUUUGGUGUAUAGACUAUAGUUUCAUUACAUCAAUACUUUGACUAAGUUCGAUGAUGAGAAUCGUCUGCUUGGCUAAGAAGCAAUAAGCAUUUUGAUUGGUCAAGACUUUGGAACAUAACAACUCUGCUUCUAAUUGAGGUAGAAUGUUUAAACUUGAUGUAGAUGUUCGUCUUGACUGAGUUCAAUAAUUAACAUAUCGAGCUAAAGCUAAGUAGAGAUAAGCAAUUUCCUUGGUGGUUGCUUUCGGCAAGAUAACUUUGAUUCUAUCUGAUAGAGAGUGAUAAUCAGUUUGAUUGCUCGAUACUUUUGAAAACAAAAUAGAUAUGCGAUUAAUUAAUAUGUGUCAUCUAUUUAUUUGGGGAUUUCAGCGGGGGACAUCAGCCCCACUGUUGGCUUGUUUAUUUAGGUGUUGCAUCCACGAGUAUUGACUCGAUGUACAUUAACAAAUGUGUAGGGCAAAUAUAUAUCUCGCUGUCCUGAAUGGUUUCUGAUUUGUUGUUGUUGCUGGUCUAUAUAUCUUCCCUACACAAUUGUAUCCAACUUCCAUAUAAACACUGAGAUAAUGAUAAAACCUAAUAGAAAUCAUUUUAUCAAUUUAAUGAUAAAACCUAAUAGUAAUCAUUUUAAUGAUAAAACCUAAUAGUAAUCAUUUUAUCAAUGUAAUAUCAAUUGUUAUAAUUUAAGUACAAUGAUUACAAACGAAAUUAUGUUAUAUAAUAUUGGUUGGUAUGUUAGAAUGUAUUUGUCAAGUUUUGAGUGUUUGGCCUCUCCCGGGGGAAUAGUUGUUUGAUAUUAUCACCUAAUAACACAUUCUACAGUAGAUAUCGCUUGUCACCGUCUUGUGUGAUGAAUUUCAUAUUCUACAUGAAUUUGAUUGAUCAAUUAAAAAGGAUGGAACGGGUUGGGCGAUCAAUAAAAUCUGUUACUCGUCCUUUUUGAUAUAAAAAAAAUAUCAACACUCGUCGAUAACGUAAAAGGAAAAAAAAACCAACUCGGCACGGCCUCGUUCUUUUUUAUAUUAUCGACUUGCGUUGAUUUUUUUUUAUAUAAAAAGACAAGACUUGUAGGAGAUUCUUUAUCUGUUUAUUGUUUGUGAGUUAGUUUUAGCUAUUCACGUAAUAUAACGUAAUGUUUUUGUUGUGGUGUAUAAACGUUUGUACUCUUAAAGUCAGCGAGUUCCCAGAUCACCUUUGGAAUAAUGACACUGGACCUAGAACAAAGAAUUAAUCAACUUGGUUGUUUGCCCUUCGAUAAACUGCUUUUAGCGCACAGCUCGCAGAACAAUCAAGGGCAACUGUGUUCACGUUUAAAAAGCUAUGAUCCAGGGGUGAUUGAAUCGACAAGUUUCCUGAAAAAGAUAAACAAAACAAAUCAUUAUUACACGAGACAGGGAAUGCUUUCCCGUUCUAAAACACCCGAGGCCACUUCUAAGUAGAGGAGAUCUCGUGGCUAACGAUUGCGAUGUUAAUGAAAACUAUUUUAUUUACUCGAACAAAAUAUAUAUGUAUCUGUAUUUAUACAAGGGCAUAUUGAGAAAGUGAGGUAGAUGGUAUAUAUUGUUUAUUAUUAUAAGUGGAUUAGGUCACGUGUAUUUGUUUAUUAUAAGUGGAAUAAGUCACGUGUAUUGUAUUUGUUUAUUUUUAUAAGUGGAUUAAGUCUCAUGUAUUGUAUUUGUUUAUUAUAAGUGGAUUAGGUUACGUGUAUUUGUUUAUUUCUAUAAGUGAUUAGGUCACGUUUAUUGUAUUUGUUUAUUAUUAUAAAUGGAUUAUGUCACGUGUAUUGUAUUUGUUUAUUUUUAUAAGUGGAUUAGGUCACGUGUAUUGUAUUUGUUUAUUUUUAUAAGUGGAUUAUGUCACGUGUAUUGUAUUUGUUUAUUUUUAUAAGUGGAUUAGGUCACGU